GCGCCCUCCUUAGCAAAGGCACAGAUCCAGACCGGGCGGAACCCGCUCCCCACAUCCAGUCCCUCCCCACCUCCCGCGAUUAGGGUUUCCGCCGCCGACGCCGCCGCGCCGUCCGUCUCGCCCGCCGGCCAGUCCUCGUCACCCCCUCCCCAGCGAAGCGCCGGUCGCCGCCGCCGCCGCCAUGUACGGGCACCGCGGGGCAAUGAUGGGAAGCGGGGGGGUUUCGGAUGGGUACGAGGGAUCAAAGAGGCCACGAAUGAUGGAAUCGAAUCCAUACUUCGCAGUGAACGCAGGGAGCCCGCUGGACGUCUCAAAGCGGGCCAGGAUGAUGGAGCCAGGCCCCCCAUAUUUUGCAGGCAUGGGAAGCAGUGCUGGUGGCAGCGGAAGCGGCUUCUACCCUAGCUACGGCGGCAACAUGGCUGGUGCUGCAGGGGUUAACAGUGGCAUCCAAAACUUUCCAGCGGUCCGUCUGCGAGGGCUCCCUUUUGACUGCGAGGAUGUUGACAUCAGCAAGUUUUUCGCUGGGCUGGACAUAGUGGACUGCCUCCUGGUCCACAAGAAUGGGCGCUUCUCUGGCGAGGGAUUUGUUGUCUUCCCUUCAUCCAUGCAAGCGGAGUUUGCGCUGCACCGCAACAGGCAGAACAUGGGCAGGAGGUACGUGGAGGUUUUCAGAUGCAAGAAGCAGGAUUACUACAGCGCAAUAGCCGCCGAGGUGAACCAGGGUGGCGGUGCUCUCCUUGAGCCGGAGCACCGGCACUCGUCGCCUCCUCUGCGGUCCAGGAGGCUGUCUGAAGACAAGAGCAGCAUGGAGUACACUGAGGUGCUGAAGCUGCGCGGGCUCCCCUACUCCGCCAGCAUCGAGGACAUCAUCAAGUUCUUUGUGGAGUACGAGCUGACGGAGGAGAACGUGCACAUCGCGUACCGCGGGGACGGCAGGGCCACUGGCGAGGCCUUUGUCGAGUUCCCGACGGCCGAGGUUGCCAAGACUGCCAUGUGCAAGGAUAAGAUGACCAUCGGGACGAGGUACGUGGAGCUGUUCCCGUCGACCCCGGAGGAGGCGAGCAGGGCGAAGCCGCGAGGCAGGCAGUGAGCGGUGUCCUGCCAGACGCUGAGCACUGGGUGUGAGAACAGCUGCUGCAUCUCGUUCCAGUUUCAGCCUUUUCGCUCUUCAUGCUUUAUUAUAAUUGUAUCAUCAAUCAUGUCGGAUUGUGUUUAGUUUGGGCUCCUGUUUCUAGCUUUGUGGAGACAUUUUCUGAUGCGACUUGUCUCGAACUGCCUGCCUCUUGAGGGAAAAAGUGGUGUAUGAGAUACUUUGCUGAGUGUGUAACUGUUACCAUCCUUUGUUUAAAGAGAAGCACUUGUACCUCAUGAUA